AUGUCCGCGCCCGGCCGGUGGGCGCCCCUGCUCCUGGGCCUGCUGCUGGCCGCUCCAGGGAGCUCCCGUCUAGCCCCUCCUCGGAACGUGACGCUGCUCUCCCAGAACUUCAGCGUGUACCUGACGUGGCUCCCUGGGCUUGGCAGCCCCCAGAACGUGACCUAUUUUGUGGCCUAUCAAAGCUCUCCCAUCCCCAGGAAGUGGCAAAAAGUAAAAAAGUGUGCAGGAACCCGGGCACUGGUGUGUCCCCUCAUGUGCCUGAAGAAACAGGACCUGUACAACAAGUUCAAGGCUCGUGUGCAGGCGGCUUCUGCCCGUGUCCGGUCCCCUUGGGUGGAGUCUGAGUCCCUGGAUUACCUUUCUGAAGUGGAACCAGCCCCGCCCAUCCUGGUGUUCACCCAGACCAAGAAGAUCCUGAGGGUCAACGCCACCUACCAGCUGCCCCCCUGCAUGCCCCUGGUGGACCUGACGUACAAGGUGGAAUUCUGGAAGGAGGGCACCACAAACAAGACCGUAUAUCCAGCCACCCCACAUGGCCAGACAGUCCAGGUGCCCCUACCACCAGCCACCAGCGGACGCUACUGUCUCAGCGCCAGAACCCUCUACACCUUCAUUUCCCCUAAAUACAGCAACUUCUCCACGCCCAUCUGCUUCUUCCUGGAGGCCCCCGGACCCAUCUGGGCAGUCCUGGUGUUACCGUCACUUCUGCCGCUGCUGCUGGUGGUGGCCUCGGUGGGUAUGAUCUGGAAGAGUCUUCAGGGAAACCCCUGGUUUCGGCAGUCCAAGAUGCCACAGGCCCUGGACUUUUCUGGAUGCAGACGCUCUGUGCUAACCUUCCAGUCCAGUGGACCCGAGUCCCUAGAUGACUUAUUCCUCUGUCCCCAAAAGGAACUCAUGAGAAAGGUCAGGCCGGCCCCCCAGGUCAGGGCCUCAGACGCUCUGAAGGCAGGGUCAGAAGAGAGACUGACUGAGGACGAAGAUGACAGCGUCAGCUUCCAGCCCUACAUGGAACACCCCACCUUCCUGGGUCCAGAGCUCCGGGUCUCGGGGCACUCUGAGGCCGAUGGGUCCGGCGUGGACUCGGGAAGGCCCUGGACACUUGUGGUCCCUGGAGAAGGCUCCUCUGCUUGGGAUUCUUCAGACGGGAGCUGGCCCAGCACCGUGUAUUCCUCACCCUGGGACGAGGCUGGGUCCUCCAGCUAUUUGGCCAAGAAGCGGCCGGGUCAAGGGCUGAGCGGGGACCAGCAUCCGGAGCUUCUCUCACACCCAGAAUUCCCUGAGGACUUGGGCUUCCUGGCAGAGCCCCUGCAGGGUGACCUCUUCGUGUGGACCCCCUGGGGCUCCUCCUCCCCAGGGAGGAAUCUGCUCCCCGGGGAGCCCCAGGUUUCUCUUCGGACACUGACCUUCUGCUGGGACAGCAGUCCAGACGAGGAGGAGGAAGAGGAACAGCAGGAGGACGAGGAGGGUGAGAGGGAGGCRCAGGUGGAGGGCCAGCUCAGUCCAGGGGACCGGAGCACCGACAGCUCGGGGGCCGAGGGCUGCCAGGGGACCGAGGUCAGGAGUGGGGUGCUGGGGCACUACAUGGCCAGGUGA